CGAUGACCCUGAACGGCGGCGGCAGCCGCGGCGGGGGCCAGGAGCGCGAGCGCCGUCGGGGCAGCGCCUCCUGGGGCCCGGCGCCCCCUCUGCACCGCCGCAGCAUGCCGGUGGACGAGCGCGACCUGCAGGCGGCGCUGGCUCCCGGAGCGCUGGCGGCUGCCGGAGCCCGGGCCCAGGCUCCAAGGCUGGACUGGCCCGAGGGCUCCUCCGACUCCGUCAGCUCCGGAGGCAGCGACUCAGACGAGAGCGUGUACAAGGUGCUGCUGCUGGGGGCGCCUGGCGUGGGCAAGAGCGCCCUGGCCCGGAUCUUUGGCGGCGUGGAGGAGGGACCUGAGGCAGAGCCCACAGGGCACACAUAUGAUCGCUCCAUUGUGGUGGACGGAGAAGAGGCCUCCCUCAUGGUCUAUGACAUUUGGGAACAGGAUGGGGGCCGCUGGUUGCCUGGCCACUGCAUGGCCAUGGGGGAUGCAUAUGUCAUCGUGUACUCUGUGACGGACAAGGGCAGUUUCGAGAAGGCCUCAGAACUGCGGGUUCAGCUGCGGCGGGCGCGGCAGACCGACGACGUACCCAUCAUCCUCGUGGGCAAUAAGAGCGACCUGGUGCGCUCUCGUGAGGUCUCCGUGGAUGAGGGCCGGGCCUGCGCUGUGGUCUUUGAUUGCAAGUUCAUUGAGACGUCUGCCGCACUUCACCACAACGUCCAGGCGCUCUUUGAGGGCGUUGUACGCCAGAUACGCCUUCGCAGGGACAGCAAAGAGGCCAAUGCAAGGCGGCAGGCGGGUACCCGGCGGCGAGAGAGCCUUGGCAAGAAGGCAAAGCGAUUCCUGGGCCGCAUCGUAGCACGCAACAGCCGCAAGAUGGCCUUUCGCGCCAAGUCCAAGUCCUGCCAUGACCUCUCGGUUCUCUAGGCCCCACGGCACUCACUGCGGUGGGCAGACAGAUGGGCGGGUUGGUGUGCUGGUCCAGCCAAGCCGCCCUCUGUGCCUCAGGGCUGGCCCAGUCUUUGGACUCCUCAGAACUGCCAGUUGGGCAUCCCCUACUUCAUGGUCAUGGACAGACAGUACUGCCUGGGGAUGCAGCCCCCAGAGGCCAGUGAGGGCUGGGCCCACAGAGAAGUGUGGACAGGCCCAUGUGUGU